AUGUUGGUGCUGAACUGUUCCACAAAGCUGCAGCUACUAGAACAUACGUUAACAAAGAAUUUUCCUGAAUCCCUCAAGGUUUAUGGAGCAGUGUUGAAUAUAAACCGAGGAAACCCCUUCAAGAAGGAAGUGCUGGUGGAUUCAUGGCCAGAAUUUAAAGCUGUUAUAACCCGCCGGCAGAGAGAGGCUGAAAGUGAUGAUCAAGACUAUUUUACCAAUGCUUAUGCUGUUUUCUACAAAGACAUACGAGUGUACCAGGCAUUGCUGGAGAACCCAGAAACUAUUAACUGGGAUCAAGUCUUCCAGAUCCAGGGCCUGCAGGAUGGAUUAUUUGAAGCUUCCAAAGCUGUUGCUGGUUCCAAACAUGUGAAGGUGAAGCAGUCCUCUUUCCAGAUGGUUAUCCAUUCAGACCCCGAUGCGCUUCCAGAUAUUAAACUUCCGCCCGCUCCUGCACCAAGACUGGCUUCCCUUGAUGUAUCCCAUGCCAGUCUGCUGAACGAGACAUGGUCCCGAGGAGGCAGUGAAGAGUGCAGGAAGUACCUAGCCAACCUCAUUUGCUGCUUCCCUAGCGUCUGUGUCCUGGAUGCAUGUGGAUGCCCCGUCUCCUGGGGCUUGACAGACCAGUUUGCUACUAUGAUUCAUGGGUAUACUUUGCCCAACCACCGAAGGAAAGGGUACAAUCGUCUCAUUGCAACACUCCUAGCUAAAAAGUUGCACAGCAGGGGCUUCCCAGCUCAAGGAAAUGUUCUGGAGGAUAACCUACCACAGGUGACCCUGCUGAAAAGCAUGAAUGCCCAGUUCUUGCCGUGUCGUUUUGUCAGACUUCUCCACACACCUUCCCGUUUCUUGGCCACAUCUCAAUUGUAGUUUAAUGAAGGUCUAGUGAUCUUGGUGGCAUGUUUUUUAUAAUCGCUAGAUGUUAUGCUGUAGCAAUUUCUGGGGUCAUAUCCUAUGCCUGGUAUUAUGCUGAAAAUUGGGGAAAACUGAAACAUAUGGAGGUAAAACAGUCCUCUCUGAGGUCUGUGUCAAAACUCCCUUGGCCAUAGCUAGAUCUAAGGUUUAUCCCUGCAUCGUCCAGGGGUCAAACCUGUUCAUCUAGGUGACACACCGGGGAUCCAGUGCUCAGGCAGGGGCGAACCCUGGGUGAUCCCAGGAUAAACCUUAGGUCUAGCUGUGGUCAUAGAGUCUUGGGUUUUUUUGCCUGAUCCAAAUGUCUCCAGAUCUAGAAGCUCACUAUAUUGUAGCCCUUAACCAGAAAAAGGAACACCCAUCUGCAUGCAUCAGAUGAUCUUAUCUGAGUGCAAAUGUACUGGGUUCAAUGCACCUUUCAAUGCAAAGGUCACCCACAUCACAGCUUAUGAGCUUGUUACAUACGACCAUUUGACUGUAAUCCCAGUUGGAAUGAGGUUUGUAAUUUUUACAAUUAAGCAUUGGUUCUAACUCAUAAAGACUGUUGUGAUUAUGUCCUGAGGGCUCUCCGAACGUUGCCUGGCACCAGCAUAUGUAGAUUCAUCUGAGGAUGCAGAAGGCACUUUGGGAACUCCGUGUUCGACAGCCCUUUCGAAAAACGGUGUCCUGUGUGAGCGUUUUCCUUUACAACAUUCUGUAAUUUAGCACUUCAUUGUAUUGCUCCCAUUUAAGCAGAUCUCCACUUCUCUCUGCUAGCAUUUCGGGGGUGUUCUUUAGCCCUCUCUUCCCUUGAUCAUUCCCUCAGCCCUCUCUGUGUUCCACCCUUCUUUUCCUGGUUCUCUCUUCCCUGCCUUCAAACCUACAUGCUGUUCUUUGUCCUUACAUUUGAGAAUGAGAUCUUGCCCUCCCAGUGCUCGUUUUCUUGGCCUUCUGCGAUGGCUUCAGCUAACGCCUAGCGUAGAUGAAACAGGGAGGUGGCUUCAGGACUGUACUAAUUCAGACUGCAGGUAGUAGGUGUGUGUGUGUUUGUGGGUAGUGCAUGUUUGAACACUCAUCUAAUAGCAAAAGCAUUGGCUAAUGGCUAAUACUGGACAUGUCAUUACAUUACUUUUUUAUUUUAUUUUUUACAUUUAUAUACCACCCCAUAGCCGAAGCCGUCUGGGUGGUUUACAAAGAUUAAAAGACUGAACAUUAAAAAUCAAGUUUAAUGUUUAUUUUGGUCACGGUCCAACAGAGGUCAGUGCACUUAAGCCUCCUGAAACAUAGCAAUCUGUUUGCUCUGUUGUUGGAAUCAAACUAGAGGGAAACAAAUGAAAGUACAAGUCCUAAGUUUUUAAAUAUUUCCUAUUUGUAAUUGCCAAUAACCCAACAAUAUGUCAUUGGGUUUUGGUGUUGUAGAAGAAGUUAGAAUCAGCUGUUUAUAUACAGCAACACC